GGUUAUCCAGAGUGUAGUUUUCACCUCAACACCAGCAAAAUGAACAACAACAAAGCUCUGCAUGGCUGUGUGUUGCUACUACUCUGGCCCUUCCAAGGCACUACGGGGUCUAUGGCGGAGUGUCAGGAUCCUGGUAGCACUCACUGCACCAUCUCCCUGGAGAAACUCCUGGACCGGGCCAUCCAACACGCUGAGCUCAUCUACCUGGUCUCAGAGGAGUCUCUCACCUUGUUUGAGGAGAUGUUUAUUCCCUUCCAUGUUCGAAUUCCGUUGACUCAAACAGGGAACACGUGCACCACCAGCACCUUAUCCAUCCCCACUUCCAGAAGUGAGGUCCAAGAAAACUCUGACAAGUGGCUUUUGCACUCCAUUCUGUUCCUAAUCAAGUUCUGGAUUGAUCCCCUGGUCAAGCUGCAGACUUCGUUGGAUCGCUAUGACAAUGCCCCCAUGGCACUGAUCAACAAAACCAAGUGGAUAUCAGACAAGCUGAUGAACCUGGCGCAAGGAGUGACCAUCCUCAUCCAAAAGAUGCUGGGUGAGGGUGCUGUGAUGCUGGAGGAGAACAACAAGAGCCUGGCAGACUACCCUGUGAAUUUUGACAUGUUAGAAUCGGUGCUCAGGGACUAUACCUUACUGGCCUGCUUCAAAAAAGACACCCACAAGAUGGAGACCUUCCUCAAGCUGCUCAAGUGCCGGCGGAAAGGUGGCCUGGGCUGCUCUCUUUUAUAGCAGAGACACUCCAGUAUGGAGUAGCGUGAAGUUGCUCCUAGAUGCUGACCUCGGGUCAGUUUUGAAUUUCCCCACUAAUGGCUAAGGUUAGGAUUGGGGGAGGAGAUCCUAGAUCUGUACCCAGGGGGAACUUCUCCUCGGAGCCUCCAGUAGAUACAAUCUGUCCUUUCAACCGACUACCUGAAAUGAACACAAGCAUUAUUCCACUCUUCCUCCAACAACUUCAGCUGCUUUCUGUAGUACCUAUCAACAUGCUAAAGUUAAAUAUGCCAUGUAUGUUCUUGCUGCCCUAUCAAGCUUGCUUGAAUACCUGUAAUGGUAGCUAUAUAGUUAGGUAGGGGUAAAAUGAAAUGGUAUGUGAAUACAUGUCUAUUUCAAAUUUUUACUUUAAGCAAUUCUAACAUGUGCUUAUACAAUCUAUGCUAACAUAGCAUUUAGUAUUUUAUACACAAUAUGUUGACAUAGCAUUCAGCAUAGGAGCUGCAGAAGAUAUGUCUACAAUAUGUCUCCAUGUUUAA